UACGUCAGAUCCUGAACUUGAGCGCCAUUUUUUCCUCAAUAGGGGAAGAAAGAGACAAAAGCUGGACCUAAAAUAACUUACCUCUGGAGUGGGUUCGCAAACAUCGCCUUUAAUAUUUCACUACGUUGUUCACACAGCGGCGAAUGCAGACAGAGGAUGCUGCUCUGAUGACUUUCUGUGUGCAGCACCGGGAGCAGACGCAGCUGACCGACACACGCACAGUUGAGGGCCGGUGGUAGUGGAAAACGUUAGCCCUGUCGGAGGUGGCACAGCGACAACUAUCGUUAACCUACACAGAAAAUUGGACACGGCUUGUGAGAAAUAAUGUAUCAGCUUCCAGUUGGAAAUAUUGAGAAGAUACGAAAGGCACGCAAGGCGGUGAAAAACAUCCUAAGUGAGAUUGGCCUGGAAGACUGCCAAAACCAGCUGAAGGAUCUUAAAGAAAAUGCAGAGAAAAAGUCAGAUGAAGACGAGGUCUUUCAGGAUACUGAGUGGGUUGAUUUCACAGAUGGAUACAAUGGCAGACUACAGAAAAAGUGGCCUUAUCGGUCUCGAUCUCUGUGCUGUAACCUGUGCAAGUACUCCUCACAAAACAUCUACAACUUCAGGAGCCACGUCUCUCGCUGCCAUGGAUAUGUGCAGUCAUUCUGUGCGCUGGCCCCCUGCUCUCAGUGCCUCUUCAUUGGCCACCCUAAGGUUGUCAAGAAACACAUGAUGUUCUUCCAUGCCAAACUCACCACCCAAGUACAGCCACCAAGGGAAGUGUCUUUACCUACCCAUCGUGGAAAUGAGAGGUAUCAGUGUCGAAGAUGUGGAUUUCCGUCCUCUUCUAUCUUUGCGAUAAAGAAGCAUAUCAUUCUGAAGCACCUGGACAGUUUGGCAGAACAGUAUAUCGGUUACAGAUUAAACCUGCAAGGGUCUACAUCCACAAAAGUCUACUGCUGCAAGGUGUGUAGAGUGAACACUGGAAACCUAGACCAAAUGUUGCAUCACAUGCUGGUUGAGCCAUCGCACUAUUCAGUCAGCACACAAGUGCAAAGUAUGAUUUAUGAGAACAAGAACUACACCAUUAAAUCGUCACCUAAUCUGAAUGGGGUGUUUGUGACAUUCCCAAAUAUUGCCCCUAAACCACAGCAACCUCAGAUGUUCAACAGCAAGUCCUUGGUUUUACCGAGUAAUGGCCAGCCUGCUGGGACCGUGGUGACAUUACAGCAUUUACAGGGAACUACAAACACUGCUACUCUGAUCUGUGCCCCUGGAACCAACCAAGCUUUUCUUCCCCCUCAAGCCUCAGCGCUAGUGCAGCUAGCCAGUGCCGAGGCUAAAGGUUUGCUCCAGCCUGGUGCCACGAUAGCCCUCCGAAGUGCUUUGCCCCAAGGAUCGUCUAUGGUCCAUCUUCCCACUGUGUCUAAUGUGUCGCUGAAACAGACUCCAAUGGCUCUAGCGCCUGCUUCUGCUCAACCACAACAGGCUCUGCAAGCGCAGCAAAUUCUUCUUCCACCAGGACUGCAGGCCAACAUCGCAACUGGACCUGGAACUGUAUCUAAGCCUGCUGUGGUUACACAAAAUGCGCCAACAAACCAAAUCACCCUACAAGGCACCAUGUUGACGUCACAGUCUCUGCUGAGUCACCUGAUCCCGACAGGCAACAAGAUGAAUGGCAUGCCCACGUACACUUUUGCUCCACUGCAAGUAGCAAUGCCAGCCUCCCAGAGCACAAGUACCCCUCUCAAGACUGUAGAUCAAACAAGUAAUUCCUCACCACAAACUAAGAAAUGGAUUACCUGUCCCCUCUGCAAUGAACUUUUCCCUUCCAAUGUCUUUGACGUGCACACAGAGGUCGCCCACCAGACAAAGUCCACUACAUCAAAGUCAGAAAGUGUGGCGGCACGAGCAGCAUUCUUGAAAAAAAUGCCUGACAAAACUGUCAAAUGUCUAACGUGCAAAAUUCUACUAUCAGAAAAAAGCGUCUUCCAACACCUGCUGCAUGGCCUGAAUUGUUUGUACUGUUCAGCUUUGUUCUUUUCAAUCAAACAGCUUGCUGAGCAUGUAAAGCACCACAAUCCCACAAGCAAGGCAUACUGUGAUUUCUUGAGGCAGAAGUACAGAGUCUACUCUAAAGGUGUUGGAGGAAUCCUGUUCCCUUACUUUGAUGUCCACACCACGGCACCAAAAGAGGUCCUAGGGGACACAGAGGUCAAUCUUGCCUUGGUCACAAAUUCACUCGACCUGAUCUUCUUUAAGUUGCAGCCCAGCAGCCAGCCAGAAAUCUGCCCAGCACCCGCGAAAAUCAACAGUUCGUACUGUCCGUUCUGUGAUGAAAAGUUUCAGAACGAAUCCAAACACCUUCAGCACCUGAAACAGAAACACCUCGUUGCACCCACUAUCCACGCGAUCCUCAAGACGGAGGCUUUCAAGUGCAUUUACUGCAAUGGGGUGUACACGGGAAAGGUCACCCAGCAGGCGGUGAUGCUCCACAUUCAGCGAUGCCGGUGUUCACCAAAACAACCACCGCCACCCAAACCUCCAGCACCACUGCAGCAGCAGCAGCAGCAGCAGCAGCAGCCGCCACCAAAACCAGUUCAGCAGCUCAGCCAGCCAUCCGGACUCUACUUUCUCCAAAUGCCACAAGGGCUGACUAUGAAACAAACUUUAACUCCGGCUCGUGUGAUUCAAGCUGCACCCGCUGCAGAGCCCCCACAAACUGCUGCAGAGCUGCAGUCAAAGAAGAGGCUGGAGGCUGCGUGGAGGGAGGUCAUUGAAGCCAACCAGCGAGAGCGAGAGCAAAGGGCAGCCAUGCGCAAGAAGCGAGAGCAGGAAAAGCUGCAACCCCCUCCAGAGCCUGUGAUUCAGAACGACCCCAUGGUGAAGCUGGCGCUGGAGCCUACCCCGGUCGAGCGCCGCUGCAACGAGGAGCGCAGAGACUUCAUAUCCAAAUACUUCAACCUGAACCCAUACGCGACCAAAGCCGAGACAGACGAGCUGUGUAAGAGGCUGGCCCUCACCAAAGCAGAGUUGGCGGCCCACUUCAGCAAGAAGCGCAGCAAGUGCAUGAAGAGUCUGAAGAGGAACACUGCUGCCAUUCUCCUCGGCUUCAACAUGACAGAACUGAGCAGAGUUAAGCACAAUCUCAUCAUCCCAGAACAGCAGGCUGCCGAUACCGCGGAGCAGCCGCCCACUGAUUCAACAGAGCAGAUGGAACAUAGUGAGACUGGACCAGAACCAAUGGAUGAAAGCGGAAAUGAGAAAGUUAUGGACGGGGAACAGGUGGAGCAGAUGGAAUGAGUUCAGAAAUGUAUGAAAAUGAAACCUGAUAACAGCAACAACAAAAAAAAAAUACAGAUCUCCCUGAUUAAAGAAAACUGAAUUAAACCGAUACUUUAAUGAUAGCCUUUUGUGUUAACACUUAUUAGAGAACUCCAUCAUGCAGUGCAUACAACGUGUUGCCUAACAUACAAGUUACCUGCAAGUGAGGGCAGUUUUUUAAUGUAGCCUUCAUUAAUAGUGCUUCGUUUGACUUCAGUAUGUUAUCAGUGGUCCAUGUCCUUAUUUCAACAUAAAUGUAGAGCCAUGCUGUGAUGCUCCUUCAGUACAUAAUAAAGAUACAGAUGUAUUGUCUCUGAGAUGUAUGUUGUCAGACUGUUGCAACAGUAUUACACUCUCAUUCAACAGCGGCCACUGACUUCAACUUAGGCACUGACUUGCUGUCUUUGCACCCCUUAUUUAAGCCUAUUUGUACAAAAUUGCGAUCCCUACAUCAUUGCUUGUCUGCUGAUAUCAAAACUUAAGUGCACACUUCAACAAGGACUUGUUUUAUUAUUAUAUUAUGCUUUGCUCUAUAUAUUUUUUUGUUUUCCAUAUUAGGACCUAUUUGUGUCAUGUACACAGCUUUGUUCUUUUGUUUUUUGUUUUUUUUUUAUUGUUACGGUUGUCCACACCACUCCUCCCUCUACAUUUAAACAGCUUAAGGGAAAACUUCUCACCAACUCCUGCAGGCUGCUUAAGUCUGUGAUCUUGCAGUUUUGAAGCCAAAUUCCUAAGAAUGUACAAAUGUUGACUGUUAAGUUCGCUGAAUUCCCAGAGUUAAUGAACACUGCUUGCAUGAGCCUUUGUUUUGAUGUCAAAUGAAAUUACGAUUUGUGCCAUUGUGAAGUCUACAUAUUUGCGUAGACUUGUGGAAAUUUACCUUGAGAUUCAACAAAACAUAACAUGUUAUUGGGUGUUCAACAUAUAUCUUUA